GUGGGUAAAGGAGGCAUUUUUUAUCAAUCCUGCAAUAUAUUCCUUCUCCCUUCCUUCCUCUUCAUUCUAAAAGGAAGCUUCUGAUUUGGUCUUCAACUCCUGUGUCAGUUCUCACAGUCUCCUGCCGUGCACCUUCUCUCUCUCCCUCUCUCUCUCUCUCUCUCUCUCAUGAAGCAAAACAAGAAUACAUCGUCAAACAAUAGCCCUAGAAAGGCUUCCAUGCAGACUUACCAUUUUCUUCGAUCCCUUACCCACAUAAACCUCACAAGGCCCUCUUCGCCUCUCCACCGCCGUAGCAGAGCUAUAAGGAGAGCAGCUUACGUUUCCAUGGCACGCGCAGCAAGCCCACGGAGGAUGUGGACCCGUGCCAUCCUCGGCCGGCUUCAGCUUCUUCGACGUGCUAGGCUUCUACGACGCAGGAGGAAUUACAAGAAAAAAACAACAAUUAGCACACCUCAUGAUAAGCUACGUAGACUCGUGCCAGGUGGUGAGGAGAUGGAUUUCUGUAGACUGCUCGAGGAGACUGCAGACUAUGCAGAGUUCCUCAGUAAGCAGGUCAGGAUCAUGAGGUCUGUAGUUGAUUUUAUGGAAGCUGAAUGCAGGAAAAAAGAGGAGAAGGUUUAGAAGAUGAUUGCAUGGUAAUAUUCAUUAUCAGAUUUGGAUUCUCUUCCUAUUAUGACGGUCAAAUCCAGCCAUCUAAUUUAUUGUGGAUGGCUGGAUUGAAAUCUGUCAUACUGCUCCAAAAUCAAGAUGAUCUUGAAUUAGUAAAGUUCAGUUAAAUUCAAUCAUCUAAGUUGAAUUGGAUGACUGGGUUUGGUAACUGGCCGAGUUACUUAAUAAUUGGAAAGGAUACAGAUUCAUUGAUGAUGAGAUUUGAUAGUAAAGUUUCGUUUGAAACGUUUUUUUUUUUAUUUCUUAAAACAACUUUUUAGUUUGAAAAUUAAAAUUUUUAUA